GACGAAGCAUGCACCAGAGGCCAGAAACCAGCAAAUGGUCAUGCGCCAUCAUCUCGGGUUGCGAUAAGUGCCAAGAGGCUAAUAGCCUUUCGCAAGCCUCGGCGACCAGGAUCACUUGCGAGUCUUUUUUAAAAACAAGUCGGCCCGCCCCCUUUGCGGGGUGGAAGCCACAAAAAAAAAGAGAGCAGAAGGGAAUCCAGCAUUUCUCAAGGGCAUUCGUGAUUGUUGCGAUGUCAACCGUCGGACAACCGCGCCGAACAAUGCCUCGAGCUUCAGUACCGUGAUCGAUAAACUCCUUCCCCCCCUCCCUCCGCCUCUCUAGCCUACCACCAAAUGGACGGCGACGAGAUCACGGCCGCGGGCCCCAACUGGGCUGGUUCCCCCAAACCCCCAACCCAGACCCGCAAUCAAGGCAGCAGCGAUGCGGAGGCUAAAUUCGAGCUGUUCGAAGGAAAAGCAAAGGCCGCCGCCACCAACAGUCAAUUCGCCUUCUCCCCCGACCAGCUGCACCGGCUCACGACCGCGAGAACCCUCACGGCUCUCCGCGCCUUUGGAGGAGUGAAGGGCCUGUGCCAUGGCCUGCGGACCGAUUCUUCCAGCGGCCUUGGCGUCGACGAAGACAACCUCGACGGCGCCGUCACGGCCGAGGCAGCCUUGGAAGCCGCCCGCUCGGGGCAACCGCCUCGGCUGUCCCCGCUCGACCGGACCUCUCAUGAGCCGGCGCUCACGCUCAAGCUGCGCAUCGAUGGCGGCGAGGAGAAGGGUGGCUUCUCGGACCGGCGGCGAGUCUUUGGGGAGAACCGGCUGCCGAAGCCGAAGCACAAGUCCUUCCUCCAGCUCGCCUGGCUGGCUUUCAACGACAAGCUCAUCUUCCUGCUCACGGCGUCGGCCACAGUGUCGCUCGCGCUCGGCAUCUACGAGGCCGUGGCCCACGGCUCGGACGGCGGGGGCUCGAAUCUCGAGUGGAUCGAGAGCGUCACCAUCAUGGCCGCCAUCGUCAUCAUCGUGACUGCCAGCGCCGCCAACGACUACCACAAGAACUACAAGUUCCAGAAGCUGAACCAGAAGAAAGACGAGGGGGAGGUCACGGUGAUGCGCUCGGGCAAGAACAAGCUCAUCUCCGUGUUCGACAUCCUCGCCGGCGAUGUCGUCCGCAUCGAGGCCGGCCACGUCGUCCCCACCGACGGCAUCCUCGUCGACGGCUACGGCAUCCAGUGCGACGAGUCUCCCGUCUCGGGCGAGUCCGAGCUGGUGUCCAAGACGCCGGCCCACCACGCCGAGCUGUGCGAGUCCAUCGCCGACGCGGACCCCUUCAUCUUCAGCGGCACGCGCGUGACCCACGGUGUCGGCUCGUACCUGGUCACGGCCGUGGGUCCGAAUUCGGUCUACGGGCGGAUCAAGAUGUCGCUGCGCGGGGACGUCGAGGAGACGCCCUUGCAGCAGAAGCUCGGCAGGCUGGCCAAGUACAUCAUUGUCCUCGGGUUCACCAUCGGAAUCAUCUUCUUCCUCAUCCUGCUAAUCCGCUGGCUUGUCCAGCUCAAGUCCUUCAACGGGACGCCGCAGCAGAAAGGAGAGGCGUUCUUGCACAUCUUCAUGCUUGCCGUGACGGUCGUCGUCAUUGGCGUGCCCGAGGGAUUAUCCCUGGCCGUGGCUGUUGCCCUGGCCUUUGCAACGACUCGGAUGCUGAAGGACAACAAUCUCGUGCGCCUGCUGAGAUCCUGCGAGAUUAUGGGCAAUGCGACCACGGUGUGCUCCGACAAGACGGGGACCCUGACCCAGAACAAGAUGUCCGUUGUCAGCGGGGUCGUCGGGCAUUGUCGGUUCGGAGAGCUGGCACCGGUCCCAGCAACUGCGGCCCGUGCCGAUGAGUCAAGCGAGGAUGAGAAAUCCAAGAUAGAGGCCAAUUCGCUCAGUGCCCACGUCUUCACGGCGUCUCUCGCACAAGAGGUUCGAGACCUCUUUCGUGACAGCGUCGCUUUGAACUCGACUGCAUUCGAGCGAGAGGACGACGGGUCGGCCAAGUUUGUUGGGUCCAGCACGGAGACUGCUCUCCUCGAGUUCGCACGCGACCACCUGGGAAUGGGACCCCUGGCCGAGGAGAGAUACAACGCCGAGAUUGUCGAGCUGUUCCCCUUCAACGCGGACCGCAAGUGGAUGGCCGCCCUCGUCAAGACCAACGGGAAGUACCGGAUGUUGGCAAAAGGCGCGGCCGAGGUCAUCCUGGCGAACAGCAGCCACACCAUCGAGGACCCUCGGGAGGGAUUGCGCACGACAACACUUGAUGUGGCCACGAGAAACGGCUUCACGGCCACCACGAGCGAUUACGCAAUAAAGCUCCUCCGGCCUAUCGCUUUGGCGUAUCGGGACUUUGAAGUUUGGCCUCCCGAGGAUGCCAAUAUCACCCGAGGAAGCGAACUCAACGAUGCAAGCAACGAGCCGGCCUCGGUCGACUUCGUCAAGCUCUUCCAUCGGCAGAUGACAUUCGCGGGCAUGUUCGGCAUCCGCGAUCCUCUCCGGCCAGGGGUGAAGGAGUCCGUCCUCCAGUGCCAAUCGGCCGGAGUCUUUGUGCGCAUGGUCACGGGCGACAACUUCCUCACCGCCAAGGCCAUAUCUUCGGAAUGUGGCAUCUACACGGCAGGAGGCAUCGCACUUGACGGGCCGACCUUCCGGCGCUUGACACCGGACCAGCUGGACCUUGUGCUUCCUAGGCUGCAGGUAUUGGCACGCUCGACCCCGGAUGACAAGCAGGUGCUGGUUCGCCACCUGAAGAAGAUGGGCGAGACCGUCGCCGUGACCGGCGAUGGGACAAACGACGCCUUUGCACUGAAGUCUGCCGACGUCGGGUUUGCCAUGGGAAUAUCCGGCACCGACAUCGCAAAGGAAGCGAGUUCUAUUAUUCUCAUGGACGACAAUUUUGCCAGCAUUGUCAAGGCACUUUCAUGGGGGAGGGCAGUCAACGACGCAGCGAAGAAGUUCAUCCAGUUCCAACUCACAAUCAACAUCACCGCCGGUCUGUUGACCAUCAUCUCGACCCUCGUCGGCGACCCAAACACAGCCAUUUUCGAAGUCAUUCAGCUGCUCUGGCUCAACCUGAUCAUGGAUAUCUUCGCGGCCCUUGCCCUCGCCACCGACUCCCCGUCCAAGGAUCUCCUCGAACGCCGCCCCGAACCCCGUAACGCCUCGAUCAUCAACGUGACCAUGUGGAAGAUGAUCUUGGGCCAGGCCAUAUACCAGCUUGUCGUCGUUUUCACUCUUCAUUACGCAGCAGGCAACUUCUUCACCACCGACACGGAGAGCCAAGAGCGACAACUCCAGACCCUCGUGUUCAAUACGUACAUGUUUAUGCAACUCUUCAACCAGACCAAUUGCCGCCGCGUCGACAACCGAUUCAACGUUUUCGAAGGCGCAUGGCGCAACCCCUGGUUCAUCGGCGUCCAGACGCUCACCCUAGCCGGCCAGAUCGUCAUCAUCUUCAAGGGCAACAACGCCUUCAAGACCGAGCCCCUCAACGGCCCCCAGUGGGGGUGGACCAUCUUCUUCGGCGCCAUGACGAUCCCCAUCGGCGCCGCGAUCCGCACCGUCCCCGACAGCCUAGUCCGCAACCUCGGGCUGAAGCUCCGCCCGCUAUCCUUCCCCAUCCGGUCCGUGGUCGCGUGGCUGCGGCGGCGGAAGGCGAAGGGGCUCAGCACCAUCGAGGCGACGGUGGAGAGCGCCAUCAACACGGGCGACCCGGAGGAGCCAGACGAGGAGCGGCGGAUCCGGCGGUUCCACUGGCGGUGGGGCAAGGCGGCGAGCCGGAAGCGGUCGCCGACCUUCUCGUUCCCCAUCGUCCCGAGGCAGCGGAGGUCCAACACCAACACGGUCGCGGGCCUGGUCGCCGCCGGGCUUGCGACGGCGGGGGUGGCCAUGGACGCGCAGCAGCUGCGGUACGGUCCGGAUGGCCGUAAAGGGCCCGGUGUUGUCGGUCCGGGGGAUCCUGACAGGUUCGACGUCGUGCGGGCUAUUGAGAUGGCUAGGGAGCAGAGGGGGGGCAUGCAGGGUGGGCUGGAGCUGCAUCCUGACACGAAGAAGGAUGAUCCUGUGAUUUAUUCCCGAGUGGGGAAGUCAGGAGGACCGCCGAGCCAAAACCCUGAACUGAGGGCGCACAUGGGGUUCUAACUGGCAGACACGAACGAGCAACGUGCCGGUGCAGGACGCAAGCUAGGCAGAAAGAAACAAUCGAGAUGUGAAUGGUUCACUAGCCACAGGCCCUAGUCAGCGUCCAAGGCGUGAACAACUUACUACAAACUAUUGAAAGUGUAAAAUGGGUGCUACUGAUAU